UGACAUCACGCCGGCCGUAGCGGAGCAGAGACGUGUUAAAGCGCUGCUGCAGCGUUAAAACACUGUAGUGUUUGUUUACAAAAAAAAAAUCGGUCUUUUAGUGAUUUUUUUUAUGAGGUGUUAGAUCCUGUUUUGGCUCUCAGAAAGGCUCUGCGACCUUCUCGGCGUGUGUGUGAGUGUGUGUGUGCGCGUGUGUGCGCGCGUGCGCUGGACUUCUCUCGCCUGUUAGCCGUUAGCUCGGAAACGUCUCCAAACUAAAGUUGGGCUUCACGUCGCUCGGUGAAUAUUCGAUAUUAAAAUGGGGCUGACCAUCUCCAGCGUGUUCUCCAGGCUUUUCGGGAAAAAACAAAUGCGAAUUCUUAUGGUUGGACUCGAUGCUGCCGGGAAAACGACGAUCCUUUACAAACUCAAACUCGGAGAAAUCGUCACAACGAUUCCAACUAUAGGAUUUAAUGUUGAAACCGUGGAAUACAAGAACAUCUGUUUUACUGUUUGGGAUGUGGGUGGCCAGGAUAAGAUCAGACCUCUAUGGAGGCACUACUUCCAGAACACACAGGGUCUCAUCUUUGUGGUAGACAGCAACGAUCGUGAGCGUGCACAGGAAGCUGCCGAAGAGCUGCAGAAGAUGCUUCAAGAGGAUGAGCUCAGAGAUGCAGUUUUGCUGGUGUUUGCAAACAAGCAGGAUUUGCCCAACGCCAUGGCUAUCAGCGAGCUGACGGACAAACUCGGCCUGCAGACACUCAGGAGCAGAACUUGGUACGUUCAGGCGACCUGCGCCACUCAGGGAACAGGUUUGUAUGAAGGGCUGGACUGGCUUUCUGAGCAGCUGAGCAAACGUUAAGCGACAUUAACAGGCUCACACGAAGGGGUGUUUUAACAAAGGACAUGAUCACACAACUGACAGACAAUGGAUAUACUCUCAUAUAUAUUAGCUUAUGGUUAUCAAAUUUGCCAAUGAGGCACAUUAAAAAAAAAAUUCUUUUUCCCCCCUCAAUUGGGCUUCUGUUAUUUUCAGCAUUUCAGUAAGGAAUGUUCAUAUGUAUGCCUGAUUUUAGUUUGAUUUGAAAUAUACGACGAGGUGAAUUUCAAAACAAAUCGAGGGAUGAGAAUGAGAACCUGCCUUUGGGUUUUUUUUGUCAAACAUGGGAACAUAUUUAUAUUUAUACAAACAUUUUUUGUCAUUCCAUUUUUAUCUUAUCUAUGUAAACUUUGCAUGUAUUUUAAUCUGACCAGCUUUAUUCAAUAAGUAAUACUUUAGACCAAAUUAUGUUACACCAACAUGUAUAAUGAGGAACAGCUCAAUAAUAUGAGGUACUCCAGUGGGUAAAGGUGAGGGUGGGGUGAAAGAUUUGUGUGUGUAUGACAGGUAAAAAAUAGGAGUUGAUUUCUUUGGCCUUAUUACAGCUUACUAACUCUGAUACCUGACUUUACCAUCUUGCUAUAUAACCAGCCUUUGCAUUUACAAUUGCCUUAAAAUAUGCUUGUUUCCUGCAUUGUGACUUUUAAGUUCAUAUAACGUUCACCUAAACUGAAAAUGACCAAAUGAGCUAUCACCAGAUUUAUUUGUGUACACAUGCUGAAAGAUGUAUGAUAUUCUGGUUAACAGUUUGAUCGGGCACCUGCAAUCAUAUCGGCCCUUUUUUUUCCCCCCAUGUCUCAUUAAUAAUUGCUAUUAAAGCCUGAAAUAAAACAA